CACUUCCGGGAUGGGGAGUGCGGGGUCCAGAGCAGGGCCACUAUGUGGGGCGUGCAGUGUUCUCAGACGCCACCCAUCCCUGGAGCCCUCCACGUCUCCCCCGACUCUCAUCGUCCAGGGCGACCCACGGACAGGGAAAGCCCAUGGGGGGGUGCAGCGGGCAGCAGGGCCCAGGGAGGGCCGCCCUGGCUGAGCUGGUGCCCCAGGUCACAGGGCCAGCACCGAGGAGGGAGGCCGGGGCAGGUGAGGCCGCGCCCCUGUCCUGGACAACCCCUCCCGGCGGCUCUCCCACCACCUGCAGCCGCGGCCACCGCCAUGUCCGACUACGAGAACGAAGACCAGUGCUGGAAUGCUCUGGAGAGCUUCCGCGUGAAGCUCAUCUCUGUCAUCGACCCCUCGCGCAUCACACCCUACCUGAGGCAGUGCAAGGUGCUGAACCCCGACGACGAGGAGCAGGUGCUCAGUGACCCCAACCUAGUCAUCCGCAAGCGGAAAGUCGGCGUGCUCCUGGACAUCCUGCAGCGGACCGGCCACAAGGGCUACGUGGCCUUCCUUGAGAGCCUGGAGCUCUACUACCCACAGCUCUACAAGAAGGUCACGGGCAAGGAGCCCACCCGUGUCUUCUCCAUGAUCAUCGACGCGUCCGGGGAGUCGGGCCUGACACAGCUGCUGAUGAGCGAGGUGCUGAAGCUGCAGAGGAAAGUGCAGGACCUGACCCAGCUGCUGAGCUCCAAGGACGACCUCAUCAAGGAGCUGCGGGUGAAGGACAGCCUGCUCCGCAAGCACCAGGAGCGCGUGCAGCGGCUCAAGGAGGAAUGCGAGGCGGGCAGCCGUGAGCUCAAGCGUUGCAAGGAUGAAAACUAUGACCUGGCCAUGCGCCUGGCCCGCCAGAGCGAGGAGAAGGGCGCCGCGCUCAUGCGCAGCCGCGACUUGCAGCUGGAGAUUGAGCGGCUAAAGCACAGCCUCAUGAAGGCGGAGGAUGACUGCAGGGUGGAGCGCAAGCACACGCUGAAGCUCAGGCACGCCAUGGAGCAGCGGCCCAGCCAGGAGCUGAUGUGGGAACUGCAGCAGGAGAAGACACUGCUGCAGUCGCGCGUGCGGGAGCUGGAGGCCGCCGUGCAGGAGGGGAAGCCAGACAAGAGCAGUCCCUACAUCCAGGUGCUGGAGGAGGACUGGCGACAGGCGCUGCAGGAGCACCGAGAGCAAGCCAACACCAUCCUCUCUCUGCGCAAGGACCUGCGGCAGGGCGAGGCUCUGCGUGCCCGGUGCGUGGAGGAGAAAGAGAUGUUCGAGCUGCAGUGCCUGGCCCUCCGGAAGGACUCCAAGAUGUACAAGGACCGCAUCGAGGCCAUCCUGCAGCAGAUGGAGGAGGUGGCCAUCGAGAGGGACCAGGCCAUCACCACGCGGGAGGAACUGCACGCACAGCACUCGCGAAGCCUGCAGGAGAAGGACGCGCUGCGGAAGCAGGUCCGGGAGCUGGCCGAGAAGGCAGACGAGCUACAACUCCAGCUCUUCCAGUGUGAGGGCCAGCUGCUGGCCGUGGAGUGCAGGCUCAAGCGGCAGCAGCUGGACACGCUCAUCCUGAGCUCUGACCUGGAGGACAGCUCACCCAGGAACUCCCAGGAGCUCUCACUCCCCCUGGACCUGGAGGCUGUCCAGCUCUCAGACAAAGGCGGCCCGGCCAACAGGAGCAGCCCGCAGCAGCCCUUUGUGGCUCUGCAGGAGGAGCAGCUUCCACUGACUUCCAACGGCGCGGGCCUGAGCGGCGGGGAGCCCCCGGAGAAGGAGCGGCGGCGCCUCAAGGAGAGCUUCGAGAACUACCGCAGGAAGCGCGCCCUCAGGAAGAUGCAGCACGGCUCGAGGCAGGGCGAGGUGGACUGGGACAACACCACGGGCAGUGACAACACGGACACCGAGGGCUCCUAGCCAGCCCAGCCGGAGGGGCGCCGGGAGCACGCGCCGGGACUCGCACACGCGUGCUCUAGCUAUGCGUGCAGUGGUGUCAAAUGCAGUUCCAUAAAUAAACGACCGGGGUCCCCGUACCGUGGCCUCCGCCGGCCUCGC